AUGACAUCUGUCAAGACCAUCGAAAUGCUCAGAGAGACAUUCGCUCGGCACGGUCUCUGCGACACGCUCGUCACAGACAACGGACCUCAGUUCACCGCACAGGAAUUCAAAACCUUCUGUGAACAAUCAGGCGUUGAACAUAUUCUAACAGCGCCCUACCACCCUCAGUCGAAUGGCAGAGCUGAGCGCUUCGUCGACAUCCUCAAGACCGGACUGGAAAAGGCAACUGGAAACGCCGACCAGAAGCUUCGAGAGUUUCUCACCACCUACCGCUUCACACCGUCUUACAAGCUCGGCAAUAAGUCUCCGUCCGAGUUAUUGAAUGGCCGCACCAUGAAAACUCGCCUCGACUUGCUCCACCCUCAAGAGCAACUGUCCUCCCAGCGUGACACAAUGCUGGCCCGUCAAUUCGACCGAGCUCACGGAGCGCGCUGGAAGGAAUUCGUAAUCGGUGAAAGUGUCUACUACCAGCUACACAAAACCAACACAGAUUGGCAAUGGACGCCAGCGAUAAUCAUCAACCGUCUAGACACCGUCAACUACACGAUCAAACUUGGAGACGGACGAGUCAUCAAGAAAACACCGACAUCGAGCCACUUAUCAUCCCUCGGCCUAAGCGCGAACAUCCACAGGCAGCAGCUCAUGUGGACUCCGAUGAUGCCGACACCUCGUACGAAAGUGCCCAAGAUGAAAGCAGGGAAAACAUUGUCCAGCCAGCUGAACUAG